GAAUACGAGCCGUCGUGUGAACAGCGAAGAAUCAGAGAGAAACAACGAACACACGAACACAUCCUACGGCAGCAGCAGCAGCAGCAGCAGCGACGGCGUUGGCGUCGCCGAUGCCAGACUCAUCCAGUAUCUUUUAUAGAGGCACAUAGACAGACAGCCGAAGAACAAGUUGCAGCGAAAACGAAGCCAUUAACGGCUGCGGCGCCGCUACGCCAAAACGUAGAUAUCAGAAGUGUUUACAUUUGUCGUUGAACGCCUUCGCUGUCGCUCAGCUGGUGGUUAGUACGGCCACUACCGUCACUGUUGCCAUUGCAAUUCAGUUGGUACUAUUUGAUCCUGUUUUACUGUUAGAAGUCUGUCGUCAAAAAAGAAACUCGUUGUCGGUACUGUUAUGUACCGGGCGUCGCUAGGAAGAGCCAACACUGUCCCAGAAUCGAUGUUCCUGCGGUAGCUACGCCGGUGAAUAGAGCGGUCUAUUGCGAAGCCGUGGCAGGUCGCUACCGCCGAAGAGUGGUGCGAGUACACGUUGAAUCAUGGCAAAGCACAGUUCUACAUCGUGGACCAUGGGCAGAUGCUAAAUAGCCAUCGGUGGGUAGAAGUCAAAAUCAUCUUCAUUGCGUUAGCACUCUACGGUUGUCGGACGAAACGGGACUGAAGUGACCGGGUAUCUAAUUAUAGAAGUAAGCCAACAAACUCCGCGCGUCGUCAUUGAUUAUUGCACGCAUCUAUAGAGAAGAGGGUGCCUACCAGGGAUCGGGUUAACAAGAAUCAGGAUGGGAACGCGAUUCAUACUGCUGUGUACUCUCAUAUACAUAGUGGAUUCUGCAUCGACGAAGACAUCCUUAGCUGUUAGAGAGAUAGUUGAAGAUGUCACCGGCACGCCUUCCCCAUUGGAUCUUCUUUACCAGGCUGUCGAUGAUGACCUUAACGCGAUUUCUUUCGAUAAACAUCCAUCUCUCCAAGGAGAUUCUCAAAAUGGUUACGACAAAAACCCUGCUCAGUCAGACGAAUCAAGCACUACAGCAGUAGAAACCACGCGCUCUAUGGACUCACUCGGAGUGACCCCUAAAAGUGCUUCGACAGCCACUGAAUCUUCUUCGAUAGUCGCUACCUUGACAACAACAUCGAUACCUCAAGAGUCUUCGCACUCUCGCUCAACUACAGCCUCACGCUUAACAUCAACUGAGCGACUGGGCACCAUGUCGACGAUCUCUAAAAAUGGGGUCUUUCUUAGCACUAAACACUCGACUCGUCAACCGCAAGACCACGCCCAUCAAGAUGAUGAUAGUUCUGAAGUCGAAACGACCUCAAUUGUGGACAUCAAAAAAAAGCCGGCAAAUUCAAAAAAAAAGAAACCCUUGAGACCGUCGGUAUGGGAUACCGAAGACGAAACAAUCGAAAAAGACAUUAUUACGAAAAUAGUCCACGGGGCCCUGCGAAACCAUGAACGCAUGCGGAACCGAAAUUUGCGUCGUCUUCUGAGAAGGUUUCAGGUGCUGGCUUUUCGCGCAGAUCUAUCAGCUGACGAGUUCCAUAGGUUCAUGAGACUGGUAUCUGAGUAUACACCUUCAAGGAUUCCCACAUUCCUGCUUCGUAAGAGUGAACGGCGUCAAUUCCAAGAAGCCAACCGCGUUCGCUGGCAGCAUAUUCGAGACCAAAUGCUCGGUCAGGCUAAGGAGAACGCGCGAGCGGAAGUUGUUGAAAUGUUCCUUAAAAUGGUUGAAAGAGAUGGAGCGCUUCGGAAUCGCUUUGGAAAACCCCGUCGAACGCACAUGAAUCUUGAGGAGUUUCUGCGUCGCCAAGCUCCCCUGAUGCGUAGACUUCUGGUACCAUCUCAUAUCGAUUACCAUCCACUUAUUCGCGAAAUUUUAGGAGGAAAAAUACCGCCAUCACCUUUCUUUACGCGAUGCUGUGAUUUCUGAUCUGCUGCGAGGUAUAUUUGGAUAUCCAGUGCAAAAUAUUUAUUUACAUAUAGAUUAAUCAAUAAAAGAAGAGUUUAUUUAUUAACGUGUGUAAA